AGAGCAGUCACUCUUGCGAAACUUCCGGUCACAUGAGAAAACAGAAGCAGUUUGAUGAGUGUGGGAGAUACUUCAUCUUGAUUGGUCAGCUGAUGGAUCACAGACUAAACUAGAGAGCUGACACAUUAGAUUUUAACAAUGGCUUCCAAUGACUUCCCCAGCUAUGGUUCUACUGUGUACAAGGACGAUCCCACCGACGGAGUUUAUAGUGAUGCACCAAAUAUGUCUCGCUAUUCAGACACCUGUGACCAAGUCAGUGGCAACAUCGCCAACAUCAACAGCGGAGCAAAUUCCCUGGAGAGAGCCAUGAAAAUCAUUGGAACAGAUCGAGACAGUGUUCAGCUGAGAGACAGAAUACAUGACACAUCUCAGAAGACAAAGAAGAUUGUACAAGACACAACCAGACUCAUGAAGACACUUGCCUCAAUGAGACACCUAGAGCGGCAACAAAAGUUUAAGAUAGACAGAUUGCAGACAGACUUUGAAGAUGCUGUGCGGCGAUUCACCACCCUACAAAAGAAUGCUGCAGAAAAAGUGAAGACAUCUGUGAAGUUAUCCACUCCCAAGCCACAAGACUUGUUAACAGGUGGAUGGGACGAUGGUGAUGAUAAGACGGCCUUCGUGGAGCAGGAAAGGAGGAGGGAAGAACUCCAAGCUCAGGGACAAGUCAUCGAGGAUGACUUGGCACUGAUUGGAGAACGAGAAGAAAGAAUCAGACAAUUGGAGUCUGAUGUAUUAGAUGUGAAUGAGAUUUUCAAAGAUUUAAACGUGAUGAUCCAUGAACAAGGAGAGGCAGUAGAUUCCAUUGAAGCUAAUGUAGAACGGGCAUAUGGCAAUGUAGAACAAGGUACCGGACACUUAGGGAAGGCUGCAGAAUACCAGAAAAAGUCUCGGAAGAAAAUGUGUAUCGUAGUGGUGAUCCUGGUCGUGGUAGCAGCUGUGGUGGCCAUAAUUAUUUACACAUCCGUGAAGAAAUGACGUGUGGCAAACUGCAAUAAAACAAACAUUGGGCAGCCCUUUGAUAUCAUGGACAUAUAGGGAACAGAAAGGAGGCUCAUCAUAAUGGUGGCCAACAAUGACCUGUGGCUUCUGAUUGUGAAUGACAUAGCCAGACUGGGUGUCCAGUAUCUUAACAUAUUAUGUAACCAACAAAGUGGGGAAAAACACAGGUUUUCACAAAACUUGACAGGCGCACGCAGUUCUAAAGGACCCUGUAUCAUCCUCACAUAGUGAUGGACAGUUACAGCUGUUUUGUAUGUUAAAAUGUUGACACAGAUUGUAGAUGUUUAGUGUAUCGUUGUGUCAUAAUGUCACCCAAAUAUUUCCAAAUUAUGUAAUAUUGAAACAUUUGAAGCCAUAUUUUAUGUACAGGUUUCUGUAAACUCCACUGUGAAUUGUACUGUAUGAUAGGGAAAUGUGGACCAGUCUGUCAUGCUUAAAAACUGUGAUAAAAUUACUUCUGUUAAUAUGUGAAUAUUUGUAUUACUUUAGAACUGACAGCCCUAGCUUUUAGUCAACACGAGCCUUCAGACCUGUAGCAAGAGACAACCUGUUUUGCAAGACAAAGAAACCAAAUAAAACUGUUAUAAGAGACCCUCCUCUUAUUCAAAAAGGAUCUCAAGACAGGCUGUACUAUACUGCAUUCUUACUUUACAUAGUACUAACAGAGUGAGGUCAUUCUCAGGUAAAACAAUGAGCCAAGUGAGCUUGUAUUACUGGAUUGUACACUAAAUCAUGUAUGAUAACCUAUUCUUACAAGUUGGGUAUCUAUUUUAAUCCUAUAUAUUGAAGAAAAAAUAGAUUUUCCCUGUACCAAAUGCAUUAUUUUGUUGGGAGAAAUUUGAUUAAGUGUGAUGUCAUAAUGCAAAUAUUGUGGCCUCACAUUGAAAAUAUCAAAUUAUGAAGUGUAUUAGCAGUGAUGAAACAUAAUGCAAUGUGUGAUUAUCUGAAUAUCACGACGCACAUCUAUAACAUUUGUUUAAAUCUGGGCUUCAAAAUCCUCAGUACAGGUUUAUCAUCAAUAAAAUCUGGAGAUUAUAAAUAAUCCAGGUAAAGAUGAUAUACAAAGACCUACCGGUCCCAAUUCUUUCACUUGUUAAUACAUUCCAAUCAAAGCUUUAAUAGUGAAGACACAAAAUGUAGGUUAACCUGAUAUUGUAAAUAUUACAAUGUACUAUGGCUGUUUUGUAAAGUUUUGGAUCGUAGAAAAGUCCACCUUUUAUACAUUUACAUUGUCAGACCAAAAUCUUUGGCCAUUUUGGAAAAAUCAAUUGAAUGAACAUAUUCCAUUCUUAAUGAAGUGUACUGUUUAAUGACAUUGCCAACAGGUUUGAUUUAAGAAUUUUUACUUCAGAAUAUCAAAUCCCAUACUUUUACUAUCCAAGUCUCUGGAUAACUUGGGAAAUAUAAUCUAUUGACUAAGGUAUUUUAAGUAUAUUGAUAAUCAUACAAGGAUUAAAAGAUGCAGAUGAUUUCAGUCUGAGGGAUGAGAUUUUGACCUCCAAUAUCAGGCUUUAUUGAAAAUUUAAACUGGGGACUGAGAGUUAAUAAUUUCCUCCCAACACUGGCCCGAGAUAAAUAUGUGGCUUUUCUCUAUGCAUUAGCUGAAACAGUAUACUUCUUAUUUCUGUGUUUGAAUAUCAAGUGAUACUGUAACAGUAAAGAUCUGCAAAGUUUGUUUAUAUAAAAACAUAUAGGUAUGUGUUCAACAUAGUGCUAAAUUUAUAAAAUAUUAAUGUGAACAAAGUUGAUGUACAUUUAAUUGUUGUGCGAGUCCUAAUAAGUUAUUAUGUAUAAACAAAGACACUUUUAUUGUCGAGUGAUGAUGCUAAAUCUAUUCAUUAUUAUAAAAAAUAAAAACCUUGAAUGGUCAU